GUGAAAUAGGAAGAUAUUAGAGCUUAAUAGGAAAUUUUGGGGCUACCAGAUGAGGAAUAAGGCUAUGAAGAGGAAAUACUUCAAGGCUUAUGAUAAGUUGCUUAAAGGUCCUAAUAGAGACUAUAAAUAAACUAUUUUGAUUUUUUUAUGAGAGAAUUGAAUCUCUCCUUGAUUGUCCAUUAUCGUAUGAAAAAUUGACAGAACCUGUAAUUUUGCCCUCAGGAAUCACUAUAAAUCAAAAUUUCUGUGAGAAACUUAUCACAACAAACUGCUAUGACCCUUAUAAUAGCACCCUAAAAAUUAAUUCAAUAAUCAUCAACAGAUUUACUAAAUCCGUAAAAGAAAUAUACGAAGACAUUGGCCAAAAACACCUCCUACUCGAAAGAAACACCUUAACCAACGAAGCCUCUUGCCAGACCGCUCCUAUCCCCAGCACCCACCUUCUCCCUCCCAAAAUCGCUCUUCAUUCUCACCCCCAAAACUUCCCCUCACCUUCCUGCUCGCUCUCACUCUCCCGGCCCACUACUCCUCCAGAUCCCCAGACCUUCCUUCAUAAUUCCACCUCUCCAUCCCACAGAACCCCACUCCUCAACCCCAGCCACCCCUGUUCAGUCACCCACACAGAAGAAAGCCCUUCCUUCAGCCCUGCCAAGGCAGCUAGGCUGCCUUCCAUCGCUGCUGAAGCCAGCCAAGAGUUCUGUCACUACGAUUAGAACAAAGGGAUGUUUAUUGGUUAAAGUGAGUAUUAUUUCUUUUUA